GCUCAACUCUUGCUCAGCUACACUUCCCAGCUCUGUUCCAGCGUGAGGAGCCACAUCUGAGGACAUAAGCACAGGAAACAUGGAGCCGCGGAUCAUCAGAACUCUGAUUUUGUUGGUGCUGGUCACCGUCUCUACUGCAGCACCGCUACAAGAUGCAGCAGUAGAAGGUGGAGGCACCAGCCCUGCCGCUCCAGACAGAUGUGCCGGUGUUGAAUUUGACGCCAUCACUCCUAACGAAAAAGGAAACACUCUCUUCUUCAAAGGUAAUCACGUGUGGAAUGGCUUCACUGGUCCAGCUCAGCUCUCCAGUUUGCACUUUAAGGAACUGAAUGGUCCUAUUAACGCCGCUUUCCGCAUGCACAACACCGAAAACCCAGACGACCACGAUCACAUCUACCUUUUCCAGGAUGAUAAAGUGUACAGUUACUUCAACCAAACUCUGGAGGAAGGGUAUCCAAAACAAAUCCCAGAGGAUUUUCCUGGAGUUCCCACUCACCUGGACGCUGCAGUGGAGUGUCCCAAAGGAGAGUGCAUGGCUGACUCGGUUCUGUUCUUUAAAGGCCAGGACGUGCAUGUUUAUGAUAUCGCCACAAAAGCAGUGAAGACCAAGACCUGGUCCCACCUGCCGUCCUGCACGUCUGCUUUCCGCUGGCUCGAGCACUACUACUGCUUCCACGGGCAGAACUUCACCCGCUUCCACCCCGUCUCAGGAGAGGUGACCGGCGCCUACCCCAAGGACGCCCGCCGCUACUUCAUGACCUGCCCCAACUUUGGUCAUGGAGGAGAUCGAAAACCUCUUAAAUGCAGCGACGUCAAACUGAAUGCAGCCACAACAGACGAUGGAGGCAGGACGUAUUUCUUUGCAGGUCCGAUCUACAUGCGUGUUGACACACACCGUGACGGAUUUCAUGCCUUCCCAAUAACCAGAGCGUGGAAGGAGGUGAACGAUGGAGUUGAUGCCGUCUUCUCUUACGACAGCAAAGUCUACUUGAUUAAGGGCGAUCAGGUUUACAUCUACAAAGCAGACGCUCACUUCACCUUGAUUGAAGGUUACCCUAAAACUGUCAAGGAGGAGCUGGGCAUUGAGGGAACCGUGGAUGCCGCGUUUGUAUGCCCAACUGAAAACACAGCUCACAUAAUUCAAGGGAACAGCAUGCGUGAUGUUGACCUCACCGCCACACCCAGGGUUAUCAGCCAAACCUUCCCAUUGCCAUUGUCUGAUAUAGACGCCGGUCUGUGCGGUGAUGAUGGAAUAAGGUUAUUUAAAGGCUCGCAGUUUUACCACUACGAAAGCCCCAGGGUCCUGGCGAUGGGCAGGAUCGCACCAGUGGCCUUGGACAUCACCUCAGCCCUGAUGGGAUGUCAGGAUUAAGGAGGAGAAAUCUCUGAGAAACGGCAAAGAAAUGAUCUCUAACUCAAACAUUGAGUAGCCAGGCAGUUUACUACAACUUUGGACAAGCCUUGUGUCAUGCAGUCACGUUUGGCUUUUGUUUGGAGAAUAAAAAGCAAAAAAAAAAACAAAACA